UUGGUAGAAAUUGAAGUUUGAGAGAGAAGCGUCCAUCCAUGGGUAAUUGCUGUGUGACUCCAGCUUCGAGCUCUUCAUCUGACAAGAAUAAGAAGAAAGCCAAAGGGGAAAACAAGCAGCAAAAUCCAUUCUUUGGCAAUGAUUAUGUUGUGAAGAAUGGAUCUGGACCUAUAGACAAGCUCUUGGUUUUGAAAGAACCUACUGGCCGUGAUAUCUCCGCACAUUAUGAUCUGGGUCUUGAGCUUGGCCGGGGUGAAUUUGGGAUUACAUACUUGUGCUCUGAUGUAAGCAAUGGUGAAAAGCUUGCUUGUAAAUCUAUAUCCAAGAAGAAGCUAAGGACUGCAGUGGAUAUUGAGGAUGUGAGGAGGGAGGUUGAGAUAAUGAAGCAUUUGCCUAACCACCCAAAUAUUGUCUCUUUGAAGAGUACUUAUGAGGAUGAUAGUGCUGUGCACAUUGUGAUGGAAUUAUGUGAGGGAGGGGAGUUGUUUGAUAGGAUUGUGGCACGGGGGCAUUACACUGAAAGGGCUGCUGCUGCGGUUAUGCGGACUAUUGUGGAAGUUGUUCAGAUGUGCCAUAAACAUGGAGUUAUGCAUCGUGAUCUCAAACCAGAGAACUUUCUAUUUGCAAAUAAGAAGGAAAAUUCCCCCUUAAAAGCAAUUGAUUUUGGAUUGUCAGUCUUCUUUAAACCUGGUGAGAGAUUUAAUGAGAUAGUGGGUAGUCCUUAUUACAUGGCCCCAGAGGUUCUAAAACGCAAUUAUGGCCCUGAAGUUGAUGUCUGGAGUGCUGGAGUUAUUCUCUAUAUUUUACUUUGUGGUGUCCCACCUUUCUGGGCAGAAACUGAGCAAGGGGUAGCGCAGGCAAUUAUUCGCUCUGUCAUUGAUUUCAAGAGGGACCCAUGGCCUAAAGUUUCUGAUAAUGCAAAGGACCUGGUGAAGAAAAUGCUUAAUCCUGAUCCUAAGCUACGACUUACAGCUCAGCAAGUGCUUGAACAUCCUUGGUUACAAAAUGCAAAGAAGGCUCCAAAUGUCUCAUUGGGAGAGACUGUGAAAGCAAGGCUCAAACAGUUCUCUGUGAUGAACAAGCUGAAAAAAAGAGCACUUAGGGUGGUGGCUGAGCAUUUGUCAGUGGAGGAAGUGGCAGGCUUAAAGGAGGCCUUUGACAUGAUGGACACUGCCCAAAGAGGCAAGAUUAACGUUGAAGAACUUAGAAUUGGGUUGCAAAAGCUUGGACAGCCGAUUCCUGAUGCGGAUCUUCAAAUUCUAAUGGAUGCUGCUGAUGUAGAUGGUGAUGGAACACUGAAUUAUGGAGAGUUUGUUGCAGUUUCAGUUCACAUUAAAAAGAUGGGCAAUGAUGAGCACCUACAUAAAGCUUUUGCUUUUUUUGAUCAAAAUCAGAGUGGUUACAUAGAGAUCGAAGAGUUGAGAGAAUCCUUAAAUGAUGAAAUUGACACCUGUAGCGAGGAUGUUAUCAAUGCCAUCAUGCAUGAUGUUGACACAGACAAGGAUGGGCGCAUAAGCUAUGAGGAGUUUGCUGCAAUGAUGAAGGCUGGCACAGACUGGAGAAAAGCCUCAAGGCAAUAUUCAAGAGAAAGAUUCAAUAGUCUGAGCUUAAAAUUAAUGAGAGAUGGAUCAUUGCAGGUAGUCAAUUGAAGGGAGAAUCAGCAAAGUGAAGAGAAAAAAAACCAAUGCCAGAAAGGAAAAGAAUCCUCCUCUAUUGUUGUUGAGUUUUAUGAAAUUAUUAUCACCUUUCCUUUUUCAACUUCAUGGGAUGUUAAAUGGAUAGGUAGGAUUAGAGCAAUUGUCUUAAGUUUCUUUUAAUGUGUUUUAGAAUUUGUUUACUGCAAGAGAUACAGAAAAAGUUGGUUAAAGGAAUUGUUCCACAAUUAUGUGGUUGUAAAUACAUCACAAGUUAGAUUUCAA